AUGCAACAUGCCCGCCGGUCCCUUAUCGCACUUCCGAUCCAAAGUUCCGUCCGUUUCCUCGUGUGCUCCAUGCGGCCUACCCGCCCCGGCCUGCGUGCUUGUCCCAGUGUCCUCAUCAACUUGCGUCGAACGAGACGAGAGACUUCUGCAGCGCACCAACAAACCCCGUCGUCUCUUUUUACUUUCUCUUGGCCUUGCCCUCUCCGACCCUUACUCUUACUCUUAUUCUCACUCCCUCCUUCUAAGCCCUUCUUCUCAAAUUCCUCCAGCCUCCGCCGUUCCUAUUUCUUCCCGCUGACUGUUCGUCCCGAAUCCGCUUAUUAUUCACUAUCCUUUCUCUUUCCUCUACUCCGUACCGCAGUCGGCGACAUCUACGACGCAAUACUCCCCGACACUCUCACACCUCACUUAUUCUUCCUCCCGCGCUCUCCCACUAUUCAGUCGUCCCAGGCUCAACUUUGCCUGUGUGGUUCCGCCCGUGCCUUUCCCAACUGGGGGUCUCGGCGUCCUUUGCACAGACCGUAUUCCGCUCCGUACCUUACCUCACCUUACCUCACGAGGCUUGAAUUUCUCCAACUUCCUCCAACAACCGCCACUUCCCGCGGCUGUUAG